AUGAUAACGAAGGAUGUUGAUUUACUUUACUUUAUUUUGACAGACAAUAUAGAAAAAUGUAGCAGCGAUGGAGUUUUGCAAACCAGUUCAGCUAGCAGCACAAACAGUUUAAGUAUAAGUCAAGCCGAUCAGCAGCUCACAGGUCAACUAAGCCACAUAACCGAACAAGAGCAGCAACAGGGAGUGCAGUUAGUAUCACCUACGAGUGCAUUAUCAACGGGCGAAAAGGAACAAAUGGGUAUCUCAACAGAUGAUGUAAGAACUGAUGAAGAAAAUGCACAUCCAAGGGCCGCUGCAACUAGUCCCGAGAGCGAAACUGACGUCGAUGACUUCACUCCUAAGCGGAAACAGCGUAGAUAUCGAACAACCUUCACAAGUUUUCAGCUUGAAGAACUCGAAAAAGCCUUUUCCAGAACUCACUAUCCCGAUGUUUUUACAAGAGAGGAACUUGCUAUGAAAAUUGGUCUCACAGAAGCUCGAAUACAGGUUUGGUUCCAAAACAGACGAGCGAAAUGGCGCAAACAAGAAAAGGUGGGUCCUCAAGGUCAUCCAUAUAAUACGUAUUUAGGGUCAAGUACACCGACUACACCAACAGUAGUAGCACCGACGUUGCCCAAUCCUUUUGCACACAUAAGUAGCCUUGGAAUACGUAAACCCUACGAAGCCUUUCGCUAUCCGGCAUUGAAUCAUGGACAUGUCACCUUAUCUGGCGGUUUCUCUGGGCAUUCUUACCAUCGUGUAUCUUCGCAUCUACUGACACCAGGAGCUCCACUACCUUAUACUUCAGCCGUUUCUUUUCAGAAUCUUCUUGCUAAUAUUUCUGCUUCUCAACGACCUAAAUUCAUGCGCAGUCCACCGGCCAUCCUUGCACACACUCCCUCUCCUUCGACAGCGCCACCUCCAACCCCAUCUGUACCUGGACCACCACCUGCACUAGGUCCUUCGCUACUUAGACCAAGUUCACCCCGAGAUAGCUCACCAACAAGCAGUGGUCAAGUUAGAAAUCAGGAUGACUUACCUGAAGUUGAUCGACGCACUAGUAGUAUAGCCUCUUUACGACUUAAAGCACGUGAAUAUGAGCUACACCUUGAGAUGCUACGGAAAAGUAGUGAUCGAAUUAGCUGAGAGCCGAUUGCUCUAUUUAAAAUUGGCUAUUAAUCUCUCCUAUUCACUAAUGAUGAAUAAUUAACUGUUCUAAUGUUUCAAAUU